CGUUCGGCGAGCGUUCGACGUCGGUCGAGUUGAUGUCGGUUGUCGGUCGGUGUACGCGCGCGCGUGAGUGUAGAGGUGAAAGAGUGGAGGUCGGGAAAGAAAAUUCGAAGCGGGAAGCGAUCUUUUGGCGCGAUCGAAAAAGUGAACGAGAAAACGGAGAAGAAUCCAGCGGCAGAAUGCUGAAUGCGUAAAAAAAGAGAGGAAAGCGACGAAAAGUAGGAGCGACGAGAAAGAUCCGGAGGCGGAAAAUGCGGUCGCGACACGUCGUAGCAGUUUUUUUUUCUAUUGCAGUAUUUCUAGCCACUCUGCUGGCUGUUACUCAGGGAGCUCCCCAGGAACUCAGACGUCGAAAUUACGAAGAGUAUCCGCGCGAAGCUUAUUUCAAUGGCUCAGCAUUCCUGAAGCUGAGCUCUUUUGUAUCUGUGCAUCGUCACAGUGGUCUCAGCUUCCGCACGUGCGAUCCCGGUCGGUUGUUUCUGCAAAAGUACAACGAUGAUUCCAUCAGUCUCGAGGUGACGCCCGAAGGACUACUCUUUGUGGCUGUAGUCGAUCAGCAGAGAUAUAGGGCUAGAUUAAACGCCAGAUUGCUCAACAAUAUCUGGCAUAAUGUUAAUCUUUUCUUCAGACUUGGUAAUCUCACUUUGAAUGCUGCAGGACAUACUCAGGUGGUUGCAAAUGCGACUUAUAAUUCUCCCAUUCUGAUGCUUCCCGAUUAUGAUGUAAAUAGUUCACUCAUAAUCGGCGAAGGGUUCAGAGGAUGCAUUCUGCAUGGACCCGGAAUUCUCUUCAACGAUAGCAUCAACAAUGGAGCCAUUUUUGGAUCCUGUCCAUUGAAUGCCAAAGGAUGUGGAACGAGCGGUCUCGUGAGUGCUACAGGGACAGCUUCCGCUACAGCCUCCACCAUGGAUUUUUGUCAUCACGAACCAUGCAUGAUGCAUGGUAAAUGCGUGUCGCGGCAGGAUCGUUACGAGUGCCACUGUUACGCCCGGUACUCCGGCAACAACUGCCAGAUCGACAAUGGUCCACCUUGCAAGAGCAAACCUUGUCAUAAUGGUGGUAUUUGCAUCGAAGACGAGGAUGGCAAUUUUGUCUGCAAUUGUAAGUCCGGGUUUACUGGCACCCUCUGUGAAUCUCAACUGGGAGCACGACUGUGUGAGCAGAAUCCUUGUAGAAAUGAUGGCGUUUGCAUAUCAUCGCUGACAGAUAGCGAGUACAUAUGUAAAUGUCAGAUUGGUUGGACUGGGAAAAAUUGUGAAACUAAUAUUAACGAAUGCGCCUCGAGCCCAUGCAAGAACGGUGGCAUCUGCAUCGAUGGCAUCAAUAAUUAUACCUGUAGAUGCGACAGGACUGGUUACGAGGGUAUCAAUUGCGAGGAGGAUAUUGAUGAAUGUCAAGCAAAUCCAUGCCUAAACAAUGGCCUGUGCUUCGACUAUUACGGCAGUUAUAUUUGCAAUUGUCCGGAAGGCUUUGAGGGUCAAAAUUGUGAGCUCAAUUUAAACGAAUGUUUAUCGGGACCUUGCGCCAAUAGCGGCGAGUGCAUCGAUGACGUUGGCACUUAUCAUUGCGAGUGUCUCCCAGGAUUCACAGGCCGUCAUUGCGAAUUGAAAGGUCUUUGCGAGAAUGCGGCCUGUCCACCUAACAGUAUCUGCGUAGAAGACGCCCAUGGUCCUCAGUGCGUUUGCAAUCCCGGCUUUAUGGGUAAUCCACCCAACUGUACCGUCAACUAUUGUGCCAGCAAUCCCUGCGCUAACGGUGGCACCUGCACCAGCAAUAGAGAUGGUUUUAAUUGCACUUGUUUGUCUGAAUGGAGAGGAAAGAACUGUCAUCUCAAUGUAGAUGAGUGCCUGUCACAACCGUGCCAAAAUGGCGGCAUUUGCAUCGAUCGUGUCAAUGGAUAUACGUGUAACUGUACUAGAGAUUUUAUGGGUGAUAAUUGCGAACAGGAAUAUGAUGCUUGCGCUAUAAAUCCUUGUCAAAACAACGGUAAUUGUACAUUGAUGUUGAGAUCAAAGAGGGAUUUUGUUUGUGAAUGUCCACAUGGCUUCGAGGGCAAGGUAUGCGACGUAAACAUUGACGAUUGUAUAGGCGCAGUCUGUCCCGAUGGCAAGGUCUGCGUCGACGGUAUUGCAGCUUACGAAUGUAAAUGUCGUGAAGGCUACAGAGACCCCAAUUGUACGUUAAUCGUAGAUCACUGUGCUGCAAAACCAUGUAACAACGGCACGUGCAUCGACCUCGGUGAUCACGGAUUUGAGUGCAAAUGUAUAAACGGCUUUCAAGGUAAAUACUGUGAUCUUGAUGUGAAUGAAUGUGAUUUACAUGGCAAUUCUCUAUGCAACAACGGCAUUUGCGUCAAUACCGAGGGUAGCUACAACUGUUUCUGUCGGCCGGGUUUCUCCGGCGAUCAUUGUGACAUCAACAUCGAUGAAUGCUUAUGUGGUCCAUGCAAGAAUAAUGCCACAUGCCUCGACGGCAUCAAUACGUUUCAGUGUUUGUGCCAACCUGGUUACACCGGCAAAACCUGUGAGGUAGACGUGAAUGAAUGCGAUAGCGAUCCGUGUUUAAAUGGAGCGCGAUGCAUAAACGGUAUAGCAUCAUACAAAUGCGUAUGUCCGCCGGGUUUUUUCGGUGCAAAUUGUGAAAUUAAUGUUGAUGAAUGUAACUCGUCACCCUGCAUGAAUUUAGGAAGGUGCAUUGAUGGCGUAAACAGUUACACCUGCGACUGCAGCGAUACCGGUUUCGAGGGUCCACGUUGUGAAGAAAAUAUCAACGAAUGCCUCUCACAACCAUGUGUAAACGGCGGUCACUGCCUAGAUGACAUUAAAAAUUACAAAUGCCAAUGCUAUGUUGGUUACACUGGCAGGAAUUGUGAGGUAGACGUGAACGAAUGUGAGAGCUCGCCUUGUCAAUACAAUGGCACUUGCCUCGAACGGUCAAACAGAGAGCUCUAUAAAAGCGAAGUUUUAAACUUGCCCGCAAUAUUCAAUCAGGAAUUUAGUUAUAUCAACGCCAGCGGAUAUGAGUGCCUUUGCGUGCAAGGUGUCACUGGCAAAAAUUGUGAGGUAAACAUCAAUGAGUGCGAUAGCAAUCCUUGCGGCCCAGGCACGUGCAUGGAUCGCAUCGGCGGUUAUACCUGUGAAUGCGACGAAGGCUUUGAGGGAGAUCAUUGUCAACACGAGAUUGAUGAAUGCAAAAGAUACAAUCCCUGCGAGCAUGGAAUAUGUACCGAUGGCAGAGCCGACUACUUUUGCACUUGCGAACCGGAGUAUGGUGGCAAAAACUGUUCAGUGAAACUGAUCGGCUGUCAAGGCAAUGCCUGUAAAAAUGGUGGCACUUGUUUGCCUUACCUUGUUGACGAAACCAUUCACAAGUUCAAUUGCACCUGUCCUAAUGGUUACCACGGUGAAGUGUGCGAUUAUAUAACUACAAUGUCUCUGAGUGGCAGUUCAUAUGUCCUGGUGAACACCACACGCGAUGAAGGCUAUGAUAUCCAGUUCCGCUUUAGAACCACUUUACCGAAUGGUUUUUUGGCAUUUGGCAAAGGCGUAACGAUUUAUAUCCUUCAAUUGGUAAAUGGCAAGCUCAACAUACACUCCAGCAUAUUGAACAAAUGGGACGGAGUCUUCGUAGGAAGCGGACUCAAUGAUUCCAAGUGGCAAAAAGCCUUCGUGGCAAUCAAUGCGACUCAUCUCGUUCUUUCGGCCAACGAGGAACAAACUAUCUAUCCUAUCAGCCCUAAUGAGGGUUCCAACUCAUCAAAUCAUACAUCUUUCCCCACAACUUUUGUAGGCGGUAGCCACAUCAGUUCUCUCAGUUUUCUAAGAAGAUUGUCUCGCAUACCUUCGUUCAAUUUCUUCGUUGGCUGUAUGGAAGAUGUCGUCAUUAAUGGCGAAUGGGUCUACUCUGGUAAAGCAUCAAAAACUGUACAUACGGAAGACCUGGAAGCAGGUUGUCCUCGUGAACCUCAGUGCUCGCCGAAUCCUUGCAAGAAUGACGGUCAUUGCACUGAUCGUUGGCGUGAUUUUUAUUGCAAGUGCGAACGUCCUUAUCUUGGCCAUACCUGCCAGUACAACAUGACCGCCGCUACAUUUGGCUACGAGAACAUUACGAACGGAUACGUGACUGUGAAAGUCAGCGAUACGGUUAGACGAACGGUUAGUUCUGUCGUCGAUAUCUCCAUGUUCAUUCGCACACGAGAGAGUCGUGGUGAUAUCUUCUAUUUAGGCACGGAACCAGAUCCUCAAUAUGAUCAAAAAUCUCAAGAGAGAACCUACAUAGCGGCGCAGUUGGUGGAAGGCGGAGAAUUACUUGUGAGGAUUCAAUUCAAUGGCACAGCCAAUACCGUCGAAGCUUAUACCGUCAGUGGCGUGAAGCUCAAUGACGGAAACAAUCAUCUGAUUCAAAUAGCGAGAAACGUCACUCUCGUUCAAGUCAAAAUCAACGGUACUGAGUACUUCCGCAAGACCAUUAGCGCUACAGGAGAUUUGAAUGUGACCGUUCUCUAUCUGGGAGGCCUGCCACAGACGUCACGAUAUAUUCGCCAGGUUGAUAACAGGCCGAUGGAAGAACAGCGGCUUAAUUUUAAAGGAGUCAUUCAGGAUGUGCAGAUAUCAAAUGGUACAAAAACAAUGGUGGUGGAAUUCUUUCCAUUAAAGGUAAAAGAUAUUCCCACACUCGUUCAAUUCGGCAAUGUUUCUUUCGAUCGUACGAAAGUCUUUGAGGGUGUAGUAUCAGACAACGUGUGCAUAAGCAGUCCGUGCAACCACAACGGCUCGUGUCAUGUGACAUGGAACGAUUUUUGGUGUCAAUGUCCGCGCGGCUAUACCGGCAAGACUUGUCAAGAGAUGGAGUUUUGCCAACUGCAGGACUGUCCUGUAGGCUCGCGUUGUCAAAAUCUCGAUGACGGUUACGAGUGCAUCGCUAACGCGACUUUCGACGGAAUUUCCACUGCCUUCACGUAUAUAUACGGACGCGCCGAUGAGAUUACGGACGCUAGUUUUAUUCUCGAUACCAUCGAAAUUACCUAUCGAUCUAAUACCGGCGGCACACUGUUUCAUAUGGCACCCCAAGUAGGCGACCAACACUUCACUGUGUCCGUCUUCAAGGAUGUUGUCUCCGUGUUUUGGCGACUCGAUUUAGAGAAUCAGGAUACUAUUUCCUUUGGCAAAAGUCAACCUGAUGGGAAUUGGACCUCGUUGCUUAUUAAAUUGAACAAUAAUUCUAUAGAAUGCGGUUACGUAAAUCCUACUGAAGAACAACCUCACAUAAGUUCCAAAUUUAGUUUCCAACUGUGGUAUGAUCUUCUAGUGACCGGAACGGUCACAUUGGGUGGACUUUCUAGUGCCUUGUCCGAUGUGCAUACUUAUGUUGGAUUCAGACAUGAAAGGAGAAAUGGAAUCGAGGGCAAUAAUGUGGAUUAUAAUGAACAUAAGCUUACAACAGCUAUACCGUCGCAUAAUAUGAUGUCCGGAGAACCGUUUAAAGGAUGUCUAGGUGAAGUCCGUAUCGGCAGUAUAUUGCUACAUUAUUUUACAUACGAAGAGGUAUAUCAAAACGCAAACUUUACGCCGUUAGAGUUCUUGGCGUUGCAGGAUAAUGGCAAUGGCACUCAUCGCGAUAGCGUCGGCUGCCAACUAUGCUUCGAUACGGAUUGUAAGAACGAAGGUUAUUGUCUCGAUAAGACUAACAGCUAUGUGUGCGAAUGUCCAGCCGGUUAUGCCGAAGAUGAUUGUUCCUUCAACAUCGACGAGUGCGUUGGCAAUAAGUGUCAGAAUGGCGCGACUUGCAUCGACGGUAUCGCCAAUUACACCUGUGUGUGCAACAUUGGCUGGCAGGGAUGGCUAUGCGAUAGUGAUAUCAACGAAUGCGUGACGCUGAGUCCGUGCCAACAUGACGGUAUCUGCGUGAAUCUGCCAGGUCAUUUCAGAUGCGAAUGUCCGGAUCAGUUUACCGGCAAUCUAUGCGAGAGCUUUCGACUUAUUACUUGCGAGAACGAACCAUGUAAGAACGGCGCUACUUGUGUAGACAUACCGAAUACGAAGACAGGCGACAAUUUCACCUGUAACUGCAUGCCUGGUUACGACGGUCCAAUCUGCGAUACACCCUACUGUAUUCGUAAGAAAUGUCAGAAUGGCGGAAGAUGCGACUUUCUGUACCUUCAGACGCCGAAAUGCACUUGCUCUCUCGGUUACUCCGGCAUGUAUUGCGAGAUCAAUAUCGAUGAUUGCGCGCCGGAUGUUGAAGGUAACGUGCCCUGCAAGAAUGAUGGCAAGUGUUAUGAUGAAGUGAAUAGCUUUACGUGCGACUGCCAGGACACUGGAUACACCGGUCCUCAUUGCUCCAUUGACGUGGACGAGUGUCAAAAUCCGCAGAUUGAUUGUGGGCACGGUAAAUGUGAGAAUCUGCCCGGUACUUACCGGUGCAUCUGCGAUCCCGGCUAUUGCGGAUACAAUAAUUGCGACAUGGUGGAUCCCUGCCAAGAUGAUUAUUGCCAGAACGGUGGUACAUGUAAAUGUGCUCCCGAUGGCAGAUACGAAUGCCAUUGCACUUCUGAAUAUACAGGGCAAAAUUGUACAGAGAAAGCUACUGUAGCCAACAAUUUGGGUAGCCAAGUUCUCGGUAUAGCGGUCAUUGUGGGCCCGAUCGUGGGCUGCCUUCUCCUCAUCGCUAUCGGCUCCCUUGUUGCGUUUUUCAUGAUGGCGAGAAAAAAGCGUGCAACACGUGGUACGUACAGUCCUAGUGCUCAAGAAUUCAGCAAUCCGCGAGUGGAAAUGGAUAAUGUGAUGAAGCCUCCACCAGAAGAGAGAUUAAUCUAAUUGAAGAGACAUAUAAUUGAUUUAAUUAAAGCAAUGCGGACAAACCUCGAUAUAUGGAAACUGCUUUUUUCAAAAAAGCAGAUUUUAUAAGCGCAAACAAAUAGUAAAGAUAAAAUUAUGAUUUUAUUAAAAUUCUUUUGAUUGUAAAAAUUAAAAUUCUUUUUUGUAUGUGAAAUGAAGUUUAUGCGA